AUGACCCGUUUCUCCAAGAUUGCCGUGGUCACCCUCGGCUCCCUCAGCGGUGUCAAUGCUUGGGGUGUCCUCGGACAUGCGACGGUGGCCUACGUUGCUCAGAAUUACCUUUCAGCUAGCACGGCUUCCUGGGCGAAGACCGUACUUGGUGAUACCUCCGGCUCCUAUCUCGCCAACGUCGCCUCCUGGGCAGACUCAUACCGCACCACAGCCGCAGGAAAGUGGUCUGCACCACUUCACUACAUUGACGCCGAGGACAACCCUCCCACCAACUGCAAUGUGGACUAUGCUCGCGAUUGUGGCAGCGCUGGUUGCUCCAUUUCCGCUAUUGCCAACUACACCCAGCGUGCUGGGGAUGGCCGCUUGACCACCGCUCACGUUGCCGAGGCGCUCAAGUUCCUGGUCCACUUCAUGGGAGACAUCACCCAGCCUUUGCACGACGAGGCCUAUGCAGUCGGUGGCAACUCCAUCAAAGUGACCUUUGAGGGUUACAACGAUAACCUCCACUCAGACUGGGACACCUACAUGCCUCAAAAGCUCGUGGGCGGCAGCAAGCUGACCGACGCCCAGUCCUGGGCUACCACUCUGAUCGGUGAGAUCAACUCUGGCAGCUACAAGUCCCAGGCGGCAAGCUGGAUUCAGGGCGACACUGUGAGCGACCCCAUCACCUCUGCGACUCGCUGGGCGUCCGAUGCAAAUGCCUACGUCUGCUCCGUUGUGAUGCCCAACGGUGCCGCUGCUCUGCAAACCGGCGAUCUCUACCCUGACUACUACAAUUCCGCCAUCGGAACCAUUGAGCUGCAGAUCGCCAAGGGCGGCUACCGACUGGCCAACUGGCUGAACUUGAUUUACAACACUCACGUCGCCAAGCGCGAUCUGGAGGGCGCUGUCGAGCAGGCUCAGAAUGAGGGUCCUGAUUUGAUGGGUCGUGAUCUCCUGCCCGAGCCUCGUGGUGUGAGCCGUGCUCAGUUGGCUCGUGACGCAAUGGGCGAGUCUUGCUGUGGGUCAGCCAGACAUGCUCACUAG